CACGGAUCCAGCCUCACUCUCAUGUAUGGUUCUCAUGAAUUGUUCUUUCCACAGCUGAAGGAUCUACACUACGGAGGGGGUGGUGGGCAUGGAAUUUACCUUUACUUUUACAUUGGGUUGGUUUUGGUUGGCUCGACCGACACGCAACCGGAUCUGUGUGGUCCGAGACCUCAACGGAUUACGCUGCAGCCCCCGGAUGGAUUACGCCGCCAUGGAGGUAUAGUUUUAGUUAUAAUUCCUACCGUCAGUGCCUUAUAUGGAAUAUACCACCGCUUCAUUUCAUCCUCACAUCACCACGGAUACGUACCAUCACACCGGAGUACCGUCAUGCCGACCGGAGUACCGCGGGAGUGUACAGUGACAGAUAAGUAUGCCCAGUGUGCGGGGAGGGCGAGCACUUGCUGUAAGGUAUAACUGUGUGUAAGACGUGACGUGGGCUCUUGUGUUGUGAGUGUGUAGUGUUGGCACGUUUUAGACAGAACAAAGAACAAACUCCCCACGUACACUGGCAACAUGGUUAACGUUUACAUUCUACCGUUACAUCUUAUGUACAUGGUAGGUAGUGACUUGAGGGCUGUUUUAACUGUUAGGGGAUGGAGUACUAGCGUACAGUACGUACGUACACUUAACCUGUGGACUACUAGGAUAUACCACCUGUGCCUUACAUGGGAGAUAUUUUGGGACGUACCACCUACCCCUGGGGUUAACAUGCUGGUCACUCAACGUCCGUGGGAACUGUCUACUUGUUGGUCAGCAGUGUGAACUUAUGGAGUACGCCUGCAGAGAGACAAUGUUACGGAAUACCUGUCCAUGGAUAUAUAUGUAUAUAUACACACAUCUGGAUUACUUGACGUAGUCUCCUAGCAAGGGGAAAAGUGACUGACUCUGACAUACGCCCACGUGACUUCAUCAGCAAGUAUUGGACAUCACUCUACUGUAUCUACAGACAGCUUUACUUCUAGACAUUGCAGUGUAGCAGACAUGGAGUAUUUGUAUGCAGCGAUUUGGAUAAAUCACGACUACUUCAAUGCAGUGAACUGAGCUAUCUGCAGACUUAGUUACAAACCGGAUGUUUCUUUCUUCAUUGACCUGGACACUAUCAACAGAUCUAAACAGCUGGAAGUAUACUAUGAGGAUCAACUUGUUUUGACUUUGUCAGUAUUGACUACAAGAAGAACUACGCCAGAGUUAAGUUUCAUCGCGGAGCAGAAGUAUUGGUAUAAUGUCUCGGAGAACGAUGUCGGACAUUACGUCACAGUCAAGUGGAUUAACAGUGUGUUAUAGUAAGCAGGCGAAACAAUACGUGACUCGAUGCCUCACGGUCCAGUCAGGACCACCGUCUGUGCAGGCUGCCCACAGAGGGGCGUCUGCUCGCUGAUGGAACGGCAUUGGUGACAGGCGUGAACUAAUGAUACAUCACACAUGGAAUACUGAGUGAUCGAUGAACGGUGUCAUCGCCAUGGAUACAGACUGAUCGCGCUGGAAUACUUCUGAUUGGAUCUACCGUGGCGCAGUGCCGACGGGACGUAUCAGACGAGCAGGCAUCAAUCACCCACCACGUCUGGAUAACUGUAACUCGCUGACGGCCCCAAAUUGUGGUUUGAUGUUGAAUGUGGUUUGCGGUUUUGUUGUUUUGCCGACAGGCUUGCCUGUCCCUCGCCGUCAGUACCCCUUCUGUAAGACAAAGCCAAACGGCCUCCGGGUUUUAUUGGAUUAUUACACGGUGUGUACGCCCACUCCAGGAUGCCAGACGACCGAGGGUACGACCACAGCCCGUACUUCUACGACCGCCCGUACGACCGCCGUCACCUAGGUUACGUGGAGGAGGAUCCGUAUCAGCGUGGAAGACACAUGGAUUACGGACCGCGCGCAGCAUACUAUUCCGAUAAAGGGCGAAUGUAUGAACAAGGUCGGUACAGCCAGGAACCCGCGCGACAACGAAGCGAACUACGGGAUUAUCCGCGGGAAACUCGAGAACAACACUCCUCCCGGGACAGAGACUCUCGCGAGCCGCCCCCGCGGCCAGAGAAGUACCAAGACGCAGAGGACAGUAGUAGUAGCAGGCAUAGCCGGAAGCCUCAUCGCUCUCAGGAGGGGAAGAAGAAAUCGCGGAAGUCGCGGUCGAAAAGCGAGAGCGGCUCGAGUAGCGGCAGUUCCAGCAGCAGUUCUCACAGCAGCAGCAGUAGUUCCAGUAGGAGUCGCUCCAAGAGCAGUAGUUCCAGAAGUAGCAGUAGUAGCAGUAGUGACCGAUCACUCAGGAAGGAGGGAAGAAGAGAUAGACAAAUAGACAGAUAUGAGAAGCUGGAGGAGCCACGGUCCUACGGACUCUGUGUCAGGAACCUACCUGUUAGAUCUUCAGACACUAGCUUAAAGGAUGGACUGUUCCAUGAGUUCAAAAAGCAUGGCAAGGUCACUUCUGUCCGCGUGGUCGGUUUGGGGGAAGACAGAUACGGUCUUGUGUUCUUCCGACGGACCGAGGACAGGGACAAAGCCAUGGAUGCAUCCAAAGGAAAACUGUUCUUUGGUGCACAGAUGGAACUAUCUAUCUGGGACGGCCCAGAAGAAGAGCGAGAGGGUGACUUGAGACCAAAGGAGGAAUUAUUCGAUGAGUACCAUCCAAAAGCGACGCGGACGCUGUUUAUCGGAAACCUUGAGAAAUCAACAUCAUACUCAGACAUCCGUAGUGCGUUCGAAAAGUUUGGGGACAUUGUGACCCACUCAACCCUGCUCCACUCUGGUUCCCAACAGGAUAUCGACAUCAAGAAGCAGCCCAGCGGAAACUCCACCUACGCCUUCCUGCAGUACAUGGACAUCACCAGUGUCGUCAAAGCCAUGCGUAAAAUGGACGGGGAAUUUCUCGGGAAAAGUAGACUCAAGCUGGGGUUUGGGAAGAGUAUGCCAUGUAACGUGGUCUGGCUGUGUGGCAUGUUGGAAAGCAUGACGGAGCAACAGCUGGGAAGACACUACUCGCGACACGGAACAAUCAACAACAUCGUGGUGGACCGACAGCGGUCCGCUUGCCUCCUGUUCUUCGAGGACACGGAAGCGGCGCAGUCGGCGGUGGGAGAGGCCAAAGCGAGGCCCUUCAUGGGGAGGAGACUUAAAGUUGACUUCGCCAACCGUGAUAGCCAGCGGGCGUUUUUCAGCUCCAUGGAGCAGUCUGGUCAGACCGUAGAUCGUGAGCCCCGCAGAUUUCUGUACGAGGGCGAUCCGCCGCCGCCGUACGAGAGAUUUCGGGAAGCAGGCGCAGGCAACAGAAGAGGGUCCUUCCCAGUCGAUGCUCGGACAAACAGUCGUGGUGCGUACGCUUUCUACGACAACGGUCGAGGACAGGGAGACUAUCCCAUCUUGCCCCGGAGACCGCUUUACUCGGGCCGAGGUCGCGAGCAAGGUUACGAGGAAUACUACGAUUACCGGACGGCGUAUCCCCCCGACCGGCGGCGGAGGUAUCCAGAUGACUAUGAAGGGCCAGAAAUGUAUUACGCGGACUCUUACGAACAGGAAUUGCGUGAGUACACCGGGUAUCGCCAAAGAGAAAGACGAGCAGGCAGCGAAGACGGUUACAGCCAGAGAGAGUCGUACAGCCCACAGUCGCGCCCCAGAAGUAGAAGUCACAGUCGCAGUCCGGGACGAAUGUCAUCAUCGCGGGAAAGAAGAAGUCACAGUAUCGAAAGCCGCAGCGUGGAUUCGCGUCGCCCUGCCCGUAGUCCAAGCACCGACAAGCAGAGCACCCAGAGUAGAAGUCCCGUAGGUUCCUCAGAGGAUAAGAAACCAAGGAAAAAGGAGAAGAAAGACACCAUCCUCAGUCCUGAUGCCAGCCCAGCCCGUUCUAAGAGCCCAGUUCCUGUCAAACCAUCUAAACAGGAAACCAAGAAGCUGAAGAGUAAGAUCAUGAACCUUAGCAAGGCAAAAAGCCCAGAUGCUGCUCCUGCACCCAGCCGAAAAGCAAAACUACCUGUUGAAGAGAUUCUGGAGAAACCAGAAAGAUAUCGGGUCGAGAACGAAGAAGCUGAACAGAUGGUGUAUAAGAAAAGCAAGAAACAUCUGCAAAUGGAGGCACUGGCAAAGUCAAAAGAGAAAGAACGAGAGAAAGAACGCAUAAAGGAGUUAGAGUCAGCUAAACUUGCAAAGCAGGCAGAACUGGCUAAACUUGCUAAACAACCAAAGGAAACUAAAGAACCUGAGAAACAGUCCAUAUCAGAACAUGUACAUAUAGCAGAAGAAAAGCUGGACAGAUUACAGCUAAGAAGAAGUUCGGUUUCAGCCGACUCUGAGGGUCAAGUGAAGACUAAGAAACACUUAGAGACGUCUUCAUCUGAUAGCAAGUCUCACGAGGAGGAGGAAGAGCUUCGGAAGAAACUUGAAGCUCGUAAAAGAAGAUUCGCCACCGAUCUCAUCAAGGAAGACCAGGACAAAAAAGUUGUAAAACAUGAGAUGCCAAAGGAUCAGAAGGAAAAGGGUGGAAAUGAAAAACUCAGAAGGCAAUCGGCUGACAAACCGUUAGAUAAACGAGUUGUACUCUCUGCUGAACUCCAAGAUCUGAAAGAAAGGAUCAGACAUGAAGAAAAGCCUCAUGAUAAGACAUCUAGGGAACACAAAGAAUAUGAACUCACAAAGAAGCUUGAAAAGCUGGAAAGAAGAGAGGCCAAAGUUGACGCCCUUAUGCAUCCAAAGGAUGAGGUGGCGGAGUUGUCUGAUGUGGAAGAGCUUCAGAGAGAGAAACUUCGCAUUCAGAAACUCCUGAGGCAGCUAGAAUCAGGAGGGACAGAGAGUCCUCAGGACGGGCUCUCAUCUGAUGGGGCCAGAAGUGCACACGAACAACUGCAGGAGCUCGCUAAACAAGAGAGGCAGCUCAAGUUGCAGGCAGGGUUAGAGCUGUCCCUCCACCUCAAGAUGAAGUCGAAUUCUCAAGAGAAAGGUGUUCCCAAGUCCCCUGUAAGAUCGCCGCCCCCAGUAAGAGCUAAGUCGCCUGGUGUCUCUGCAGCCGGUGGUUCAAAAUCACCGGUAAGCGCAGCUGUAGUCGACCCCUUCAAUGCCAAGCAGCAGAAGGAUUACAGAAGUCGCAGGAAAUCCAUGGAGGAAAAGCUUGGGGUCAUCGUACACGCCAAGGGGAAGGAGGAGGGAGGGGAGGGGUCGUCUCAGGCCGAGUCAUCGAGCGUAGGGAGGGAAGACGUGUCUGUGGAACAAAACAUUGACACGAGUCAGGGUCUGAGAAAGCAGAUGGAGGCGAGUAGACGAGCACGCCAGCAGCAAAACCAGAACUCUCAACACGUGGAGGCAGAAGCUAAGGCAAAGGCAGACACGAAAGUAGUGAAAGAGAAGCGGAGACCCUUGUCUCUCUCCUGGGAAGAGGACGAGAGCCUCAGUCUUGCCUUUGAGGUUGGGAAAUCCCCAGAAGACAUUUCAGUUGUGCCAAAGAUUUCUUCUUUCUUCACCAAGAAGAGAAAGAAGUUCACAGAGGGUGAGGUGGAGCCAUCUUCUAGCAGUGCCAAAAAACGCAGCUAUCGCCACACAAGGCUGGACAGUGACGACGAGGCCAUGAUGCCUGGAGUGAGCACCUCCAAACCAGGCAUCUCUGCUUCAACUACGGGAGGGGUCAGUUCCUCCAAACCCACAGUCACCUCAUCCAAACCAGAAACAACAACAGCUGUCCUAGCGCAGACCUCCGUCCCUGAACCAGCGCAAGUCAGCAGCAGUCAAAGCCCGGGACUUCCGCCACCCCACCUGGUGGAACCCUCCACUUCCUCCUUCUCCUCCUCUCAAAGGGAGACAGCAUCUGCUCCAAGUAGUGCAAUGUCAACUUCUAAGGAAGAAACCUCAAGUGUGAGUACCUCAAGCGAUGUCCAGCACAGUUUGGUACCGUACGAGUUGGAACCAGAAGCUGGCAGCUCCAAACCAGACGGUGGUAGCCAGCCGGUGUCACCGGAACCCCGACCCGCCUCUCCAGAGGGGCGGACAAGGCGGCCCAGCUUAGUCCCGUACGAAGAAGAGUCGCCAGCCAUCAGCACAGUAUCAACAUCACAGUCAGAGACCAGCGAGAGCCCUAGCUCACUACGGGAGGAAACCAGACAAUUCCCAACGAGUGCUACAGAAGUGCCAGUGGUAGACAGCACACCAGCUGUAGAAGUAGAGGGCAUGAUUACCAUGACUUCAUCAGGUGUAAGCAGUGAGGUUCCUUCUGUCAGUGCCCCGCCAACAAUGUCAAACCAGCUCUCAGCCGAGGACCAAGCCAUGACAGAAAACCAGGCUGCUGUGGAGGGGAUCACCAUGCCUAACUCGACAUCCUCGCAGGAGAGUAAUCUCCUGUUCAGCCACCCUGCUGUGGUACUCAAGCAGGAGGAUAGGGAGGCGGAGAUGUCCGAGGCUAAAACUGCAGCAGACGAGCUGUUACAGGCCAUGGGGAUGUCUCCCCCAUCCAUGAGCUCUCUGGAGCCUGAGCCGUCCACGUCUAUGGCUUACAAGCCGACAGUAUUGGAGGAAACGCGACCAGAAACGCCGGAGACGCCAGACGCGCAGCCUCCGGUGUUGGAGAGAAAACCAUCGUCAGAGGACAUGCAGAAUGACCCGUUAGCGGAGCCCUCAGAGCUGUCUCCGAAACCCAUGCAGUCUCGAGACGAGCGCUUCUCCCACUGGCCUACUCAAGUCUGUCACAGUGCAGAAAGGAAGCCACCUUUUGUUACAACUGUACAUGAGUCUUUGAAUGCAGAGUCUUCAAUUAAAAAUGAGACUCAAAUUGACCAUACCUCUGAUGGAACUGUGCAGAGCAACAAGGCAAACCUUCCAGAUGAAGGGCAUGGUGAAAAUGAUGUUGUUAAAGUGAAACAAGAGGUUCCAGCUCCGGUACCUGUGAUACCAAAACGUGAGGUUCCUUCUUCUACCUAUCCUAGCACCUCAGCUACAGAGUCCAAGUCCCUGGUCACCCUGUCCUCCCAGAGACAGACUGAAAGCAAAAUACAGCAACCUAGCGUAGAACUGCCCAAGCCCCAGCCAAAACCAAAGGUUCUCAUUGGUCGCAUCAAGAAGAAACCAAAGGUGGAGCCGUCACCUUCAAAUGAGGAACAAAAGGAGAAGGAGAAGGACGAGGAUAGGCUCAAGCUUUUGCAGCAAAGAUUUCGAAGCAGCAUCUUUGAGCAGGACGCACAGCGGCUAGAACAGUUGAACAAGAAGUAUGACGAUCCGUCGCCGGAUAUCAAAGUCAGCUUCCCAGCUGAAAGUCAGUUCAGAUUUCGCACGAAGGCGGAAGCGAAGGAGAUGCCUGCAGAGCUGAUGACAGGCGGGAGGCCUCGGAUGUAUCCUCCGUAUACGGCAGUCUCCCCAGCAUCAUCGAGCGUAACCACGUCCUCCGAGUCACCAGCAGGUAAAAUCACCCUGUUUCCCCGAAGAUCGUCCAAAUCUUCACCUGUCAAAAAAGAGCUGCCUCAGGCCUCAUCAUCAGGUCAUGGCAAGCGCUCACACAGUCGGGAGUCUAAUGAUGAAACCUCAGCCAAGCCCAUGGACAAUUUGAAAACAGUGGAGCCUAAGAGUACGGAUGGGUCUCCAAAGCCACAAGAAGUCAAACCACCACCCCUCCACGAUAGUAAACCUGUGGUAGAAAGCAAACCUCAAGUUUCAGAACCUAAAACCCCUGAGGUUAAGGUCGAGCAUCCACCCAAGCGACACCGCUCUCCCAGCCCUUCCAGUGGUGCUGAAAGUUUGGAGGCUGUCGUUGUCAAGCCAAAUAUCAAAGUGCAAAAGCAGCCCGGAAGGAAGUCAGCAUUGAGGAAGGUGGUAGAGGAGGCUGGGCCCUCAGAGUCCUUGUUUUCUGUGUCUUCGAAGACAGAAGAAAAGGUAGAGAAGCUUAUUCUCAAGAGGGAAAGAGUAAAGAGGUUUGAGGAAGAACCAAAACCAGAGCCCGAAGUUAGAACCAGCAGGAGAAGAGCAGAAAAGGAGAGGAAACUGUCUGAGUCCAAAGCAGAGUCACCCAAACAGGAAACGGAAAAGGAAGGUCCCAUCAUCAUGAAGUUGAUCCCAGGAAAGGCAGAGAAAAAACACAAACAGAAGGGCAGAAGAAAAACACAGUCACCCCAACCAGCUGUAAAAGAGGAGCCCUUUACAGAAGACCCAACUCCUGAAGUGGAAGUGAGGUUCCCCAAAAUUGAGAAACUUCGGAUUAGGAAAGGGCAAAGAGUGGAGGUAAUCGAGGAAGAUCCAGAAGACAUGCCAGAAAGAAUAGUAAAGGUGGAACCUCCUGAGAAACCUGAAAGAGUUGGCAAGUCCAAGAGGGGGCGAAGUAGAGGAGAGCCCAAAUCCGAAACAAAGGUGUUAGAAGCAACAGAAGCUGAAGAAGACUACAAGCCGUUAGCUAUUAAAGUAGAAGAACCUGAGAUAUCAAGUUAUGAAUCCCCCACUAAAAGAACAAGACUAGAUAGAUACAGGCAAAAUGAUAUCUCAGAUGUUGAAACAAAACCAAAAACUAGUGAACUAGAGACAAGAAUGAAACACACAACAGAGCAGGACACUCCCACUAAAGAUUUAACCAAACAGGAUGAUCUGGAAACUGCUAAAGGAAGACCUAGUGUUGAGCUCAAAGGCUGGAAGAGCAAAGCAGAGAAAAGAGAUGUAGUGAAGGAAGAGCCAAAGUUGGAACCUGAAGUAAAACCACCUUCAUGUGAGCAGAAGUCCCCCAUAGCAGCUACCAUAGUCUCAGCACCAGAAGUGAGAACAAGCACCCGGGAGAGAAGGCCCAGGCUUGCCUCACAGAAGGGUCUAGAAAGAAGAGGUGACAUUUUCGACUUUGAGCCGGACGAACCCGAAUCUCCCAUUCCAGAAAGGCCGAAGUCUACAAGAGGAAGGAAGCCAAAGUCGCUGGGCGAGGAGCAGAGCCCUGCAAGGGGGUCCAAGUCGCCAGCUAAGUCUCCGUCCUUCCAGAUGCCGUCGCCCCGUCCCUCCGCGGAUGAGACUCCUCCCCCAGAGGAGAGGGAGCGGCCGAGAAGGGGGCGAAGGGCACGGCGGUCAUCACGGGCAGCUCAAUCCGACACCUCUGCUAGCGAGUCUGAACUGAUGGACACCAGCAAGACACCAGAGAGGGCGAUGGGAAGGGAAGCAUCUCCUCGGGUCGAGCCGGAGCCAGUAACAAGGGGUAGGGGCCGGCCGCCCAACUCUGUAGUAGUACAGGAUCAGAGCCGAGAGGAUCCCCAGUCCUCCCGACCAGAGGAGCAAGCACCUUCGUCCCCAGACACCUUAGCAGAAGUGAUUGAGGGGGUUGUCCGAGGAGAUAACGUCACCAGUGACCCAGUUACAUCCACAGCAGAAGAGGCUGUCUUGUCCCAGUCCACACUGAGUGAGAAGGCACAAGCGGUUGCUGACUCAUCAUCAUCAAUGGUUUCCGGCAUGUCUGCCAGCCCCAAAGCUCAGCCAGUCGUUCUGUCAAACCGAACACCUCGAGUUGAGCCCUUUACAGAACCUCAACCCUCUGUAUCAAUGAAGACAGACGUCGUCGUGAGCUCCCAGACAGAACAGAGAGUCCCGGCGAUGCCAACCCCUGAAUUACGUGAGGAGGCACCAGGCAUCAGUCUGGGACCAAUGGUUGGUAAGCCAGGUGAGGCAGAGACCAAAAUCCAAACCUCUCCAGGGCUGAUCCCACCAGUGCCAGUCCCUGCUGCAGUUGAGACCCCUCCGGCUGCUCCUAUCAUGGCUCCCAUGCCAAAAGUGGACCCAAUGCUGCUGCCGCUGCCCUCCCCGGGCACGGGAAGAGGAAGAGGUCGGGGAAGAGGACGAGGACGCGGCCGUGGUCGGCGUCCGAAGAACGCAGACCCGCUGAUGCACUCAUGGAAACUGGAGGACACCAUGGCGCCCCAGGUGGCUGACCUGGCUGCAGUGUCUCGGAUGCCGGCACCCAUGCAGACGCCUGUCCCCGAAGCUGUGUCCACUGGGCCGGAAUCGCUCGUGACCAGCACCACCAAACUCAACUUUACCUCCAGCCGACAUGAUCUGCCAGGAAUGGCCAGCCCGGCCGUUUCCUCCACUUCAGUUGCUCUACCUGAAAAUAAGUCUCCUUCUCGACCAGACGCAGGGGAUGGUCCCACAGCUUCUCAGUCCAUGAAGAACUCCAGGCCUCACAGACCAAGUUUCGGCUCUAUGGAGUCAGCAGAAUCAGAUAAACCAGUGGGGAUCAAGCCCCCGGACACCAAGUUCGACACCAGUCCAACUACGACGCAGCUAACUCAGGCGCAGGCACCAACCCUCAAACACGUCCUUCUAAAGGGCCGGACACCGGAAGUUGCUACCAUGACGUAUCCCGGGGUAGUGGUGACGUCUACAAUCAGUCAACAGCAACAAGUAGUGGAGGGGAUGCCACAGCAGCCACGCAGGGUGUCUGGAGAAAGCAGAAUAGGUGAUGCAGUGCAGGGCACUCCCAUGUCGCAAUCCCACCAUCAGCACCUCCAUGCAACGUCAUCAGGCCUGCAGUAUGCAAUGCCUCCAACAACGCUACCCAUCGAGAGCUCGGAUAUCCAGAUGAUCCGACAGACGCGGCCGCAAAGUGCACCAUACCUUCCCCCCAACUUCCAGCAGCCAGGAACAAACCACAUGCACGCACCCGCGAAGCAGAGGCAUCCGACAGAGCCUGACCAGAGAAAAACCCCACCUCAUGCAGCACCAGAUCCCAGGGCCAGCCAGUCGCAACACGUCAUAGCCACAUCCGGGCAGCCAGGCAAGAUGGAUGGAACCAGGGUCGUGUACACGCAGGCACAGCAAAUGAUGAUGUCACAUCCCCAGCUGUCCAAGUCCAGCCAGGCCUACCCGACCACUACGUCACACAUACUGGACAGUCGCACGGGGCAGCCGAUAGCCGUGAGCCAAGCUGUGCUAGAGGGAAGAAUCAGCCAAAGUGAAACGCAGCCUCCAAAGAUGGACAGGCGCGGCUUGCCAAUUGAGUAUCACUCUCAACAGCACAGCCCAGGCCAUGUGCCACCCAGGAAAACGUCCCCAGCAAUGCAAGGUAUGGAAUACCGGAUGGUUCACCCCAGUGGACAAGUACUGUACAACGUCCCUUACGAGCACAUACGGCAGAUGCAUCCCAGCAUCCGCAUGCAGAUGAUCCCCACCAGCAUCCACAUGGUCGGCGGGGUCGGAGAUCAAAGGGCACAGCAGGAGGUCGUGACCUCUCACGCCGGGGUCAGACCGGCACUUCCCGGCCUGCUCCAUCCGCACUACCAACAGCAGGAGGUGAAGGAGGUGCCUACAAGCAGGGAGUCUCUGGCCUCGGCUCAUCAGUCAGGGCGCCAGCCCUCCCCUCGCAUGCAGGGCCUUUCAGCAACACCACCCACGCCUCCCUCCUCUCAUCCGUACACGCAGAUGAGGGCAGAGGUCAGCACCACACGGCCGGACCUGCAGGGACAGCGAGGAGCGGAGUAUGACCCGCGCAUGCAGCAGUACAUGAUGAGAGGGGCGAUGGGGGCGCAGGACAUCCGCAUGAUCCACCCCACCACACAGGUGGUGGUCGGACCAGACGGCAGAAUCGUGGCCCACCAGGAGGUGCACCUCGCGCCGGGAAUGCACGGGGAGCGCUUCAUCCCGUCCUCGUCCCAGCAACCGGAUAGGCCGACGACCGCGGACCGUAGGAUCUCGCAGGAGAGCCAGAAACAGCAGGAGGUUCCCCAGGUUCCUGUGCCCCACUCCACGUCGGCACACAGCACCCCCAUCCAGUACAUGGAGAGGAUGCAGCAGAUGGAGCAGCGGGGACACCCACAGGAGGCUCGCAUGCCGUUCCACGAGCCGGGCCGACCCAUUCAGGUUGAUACGACGAGCCACGUCGACGCCCGCCUUCAGUACCAGAGAUACGCUGAACAGCAGCAAAGGAUGGCACAGCAAGACGCACGGGCGCGGAUAGCCCAAGAAACGGAGCAGAGAGUCCACCCCGGUGUGCCGUACUCCAUGACAGAUUCCCGAGUGGUUCCCCACCUGGCCAGGUCGCAGGGGAUGGAGGCUACGCCGCGCCCGUUCUCCCCUCACCACAGCAUGAUGAGCAUGAGGGAAGCAGCCCAGCACAGAGUCCCCGAAACCAGAACCCCGGAGUCCAUGCACCCCGGCGCCGCACCAUCGCCUGCCGUCAUCCAGAUGCCGUCUCCACAGACCAAAUCUCCGGCCUCCUCUCUACCAUCUCCAGGCUACCACGUUGGGUCCUCACAGAGUCAACCGUUCCAUCCGCCCUCAGUGGCAUCCACUCACCACUCAGCAACGUCACCCUAUCCGCAGCAACAUCAAGCAGUAGCCCGCAAGGAGCCACCGAAAGAGCCCACUCCGGGAGCAGUGACGUCCACACAGGCACCACAGACGUCGGGCAGACCCCCCUCCCAGACUCAGCAGGCUUCAUCUAGGCCUGCGGAGAAACACAUGAAUCUGGUGCAGAGGUAUCCAGUGUUCUGGGAGGGUAUGAUUGCGCUGAAGAACGAUGCCUCCUCCGUCCAGAUGCACUUUGUGGCAGGUAACGCCCAGUUGGCUCGGCAUUCCUUACCCGCGGUGACUGCGGACAGCGGGCAGAGACCGCUCAGGAUCGCACAGAGAAUGAGGAUGGAACCCACUCAACUGGACGGGGUGGACAGACGAAUGAUGAGUGACGAGGAUUACUGCCUGCUGCUGGCACUGCCGUGCGGACGGGACGAGUCAGACGUCAUUAACCAGACGAGCACGCUCCGCUCCGGCUUCAUCACCUACCUUCAGCAGAAACAGGCUGCAGGGAUCAUCAACGUACCGGCUCCGGGCUCCAGCCAGCACUCUGGAUACUACGACUCCGCUGAUUAUUAUCCUGCCUACGUGCUGCACAUUUUCCCUCCGUCGGAGUUCUCCAAGAAACACUUGGGAAGGCUGGCGCCCGAUCUGCUGGAGAGCGUCAACGAUAUCGCUCACCUGAUGAUCGUCAUAGCAACGGUAUAGUCAACCCUACAACACCGUAGAAGCAAGACCAGCAUCGAAGUGAAACAGAAAAUGAAUCUGUCGGUUGGACCAAUGCUCACAAAAAACUAGUUCUAACUAAUUGUUCAUGAGAACAACAGUACUCAACAGACAAAAAAAAAAAAUAAGGAGAAUCUUGUACAGAAUGUGCAGUGAGGCCAAAAAUCAUGGAAACUAUAAUUUGGGGAAAUCCAAUUUAUUGUACAGUGACUGUUCUCUUGUCGUUUUAGAAGGUCUGCCUUAACACGCGACAUUUCAGUUUGAAAAUUAAGUUCCGUUUGCUGAUUGGCCAGCCAAGGACCAAUGAGUGAUUUUUCUCUUCACAACAUUUAUUCAGUGUCAGUAACUACUGUGGGAAAGGCCUUCUCUCAUUGGUUUACCACUUGCUUAUAAGAAGUGACAAAAACUUUUUCUUCACAGAAGCAAGUUUGCUUACUGGAACUUAAGCAUCAAUGUUGUAGUUUCUAGUAGGAGUUUGUGUGCAAGUUGGAAAUAACCCAAGAAAAUUUCGCACUGUAAGUGAGCUACAAUUUAUAAACCGUUCUCCAUAGCAAUUGUCAUGUGAACUAUACUACCACUACUAAACUUGCCUCGGUCUGAAGUGACAUCAGAAGACAGAGGCAGGGUUGGUAGUGUAGUUUCUAGUAUCUACCAUGUGUACGAAGAUUGCCAAGGCAGCUAAUCCGCAGGUUUGAGUUGUUUGUAUGUAUUGAUGAAUUGCACUUAAUGAUUGAACAGCAAACUUCCUUUCUUCCGACAUCACUGAAUGAAGGACGGUCAGAGUACUAGGAUAAAACGUUGUUUUGUACACUCUGCUCAAGAAAGGAGGGAGCCUGAUUUAAAAACUUUAUUUCACCUGAUUUCUGUUGCUUUAGUUCUGUGAGAAUACAAGCUGAUUUGGGGACAAAGUUUGGGGUAGUAACUUUGUUGUUUAACAGACCAAGAUUUGAAGACCAAAUUAUGAAGAUGUGAUAAUAGUAAGUGGUGAGAUAUACCAGUAUUGUGCAGUAUUGCCGAUGUUGCAAUAUAGUAGGCUGUGCUGCAUUUCUGUAGACAUGUUGUGAAGUGCAUGCCAACUGCUCUGCUUUGAUGUGUCCUUCCCAGUUGUGAAUAGGGCUCUAAGAAACACCCCUAUUGUCACAGUAGUUUGGUCCAAAAUCAGAUGAGACUGACAGGAGUCUGGGUGAUCCCACUGAAAGAUAGGGGUGAUGAUGAUGUCUAAAGUGAACAUGCUCACACAGUCCCAGACAAUCUGUACUCUCAUCUACAGUCAAAUUUGGACCAUUUGGAAGAAGAGAGGGGGGAGUUUGAUUUCAGAACUGGGAGGAACAGCAUUGCUUCUAAUGGCAAUAGAGCUAGUCUGCAAUGUGCUUGUAUUCAGUGUACAUUGUCAAGUCCAGUACCUAGUUGAUGACACUUGUAGCAACACAUUGCUGGCAUAGAGUCAGUGUAGGCCGUCCCAAAGUAAAAAAAAAGAAGGUUUAUAAAACCUGAUAAAAGCUGGACAAAUUAGAGAGAAAAAAUGACAGGAAAUGCAGAUUUGUAUGUAUAUGUACUACGCAGAAGUUUUGUGAUCAAGAGUAUCAAGAUCUAAAUCUGUUCUUGGAAUAUAUUUUAUCUUUUGUAUGAUCAUAUAAGACAGUGUGGUGGAAGCAGAGAGUACAGAUUUUACCCGUGCAAAUUGUUCAGUGUUAUAUUUUUGAAGAAAUGCUAUGUAUGUAUAAAGUGAAGUAAGUUCUUGGCAGAUUGGUCCUAUUGAUUGUAGUUGUAAGAGUAGAAAUUAUGUUAGAUUUUUUGGCAGUGCUUCCAGGGCGGAGCUGAUAUUGUUGUUGACUUCUCAUGAUACUGCUGAAGACAAAUCGUAGAUAGCAGCGAUAGUGUGACUCGUGCUAACACGGCACUUAUACAUUUGUUGCUGAGAAUUUUUGUUCUUUCAUGGAUGGUGCAAUUGUGAUCUCGAGUUUAAAACUGUAUGCAUAGUUGAUAAUCAUGUUCAGAAGCAGUGUCGUUCGUUGCACAGUGUUGCGUGAGUACCACGGGUUAUUAAUCGACGCAGACUGCCAUAGAGAAAUGAUAGAUGUCGGACAAUCCUGCCAAGAACUCUGUAUUCCAUUCUACCUGGGUGUACAUAAUUCUUUCUCUGAUGACCGUAAGGCUCAGCCAGUUGUGUCCGCUUGCGCCAGCGGCGGAAGACUUUUUGGUAUAAAUCAUCACGAAAUAAAAACCUGGUGCAAGUGAUUAAAUCAU